GGGAGCGCUGGGGCGGGACGGGCUAAGCCGAACCUAAACGGUGCCUGAGCCGCACCUAAACCCAGCCGAGGCGAGGCGGCAGCGGCGGCGGCUGAUGUGAGGCGGUGGCCUCGCCGGUGAUGCGCGCCCCGCGGGCGCUGCCGGCCCGCUGAGGUGGGUGCGAGGAGCGCCCCGGCGGUGCCGCGGCCAUGCCGUGCACCUGCGGGAACUGGCGGCGCUGGAUCCGGCCGCUCGUCGUGCUGCUCUACAUCGUGGGGCUGCUGGUGGUGGUGCCGCUCUGCGUGUGGGAGCUGCAGAAGCUGGAGGUUGGAAUUCAUACCAAGGCAUGGUUUAUCGCUGGGAUAUUUCUGCUGAUGACUAUACCAAUAUCUCUCUGGGGCAUACUACAACACUUAGUCCAUUAUACUCAACCUGAAUUACAGAAACCAAUAAUAAGGAUUCUAUGGAUGGUGCCGAUUUACAGUUUAGACAGUUGGAUAGCUUUGAAAUACCCCAACAUUGCAAUAUAUGUGGAUACAUGUCGAGAAUGCUAUGAAGCUUAUGUCAUCUAUAAUUUUAUGGUUUUUCUUUCAAAUUAUCUAACCAACCGGUACCCAAACCUCGUAUUAAUAAUAGAAGCGAAAGAUCAGCAGAGACAUCUGCCCCCUCUGUGCUGCUGUCCGUCCUGGGCUAUGGGAGAAGUUUUAUUAUUUAGAUGUAAACUGGGUGUUUUGCAGUACACUGUUGUCAGACCAUUUACUACUAUUAUUGCUUUGAUUUGUGAACUAGUGGGAGUGUAUGAUGAAGGAAACUUCAGCUUCAACAAUGCUUGGACUUACUUGGUUAUACUUAACAACAUGUCACAGCUAUUUGCUAUGUAUUGUCUGGUGCUGUUUUAUAAAGUACUACGUGAGGAACUGAACCCUAUCCAACCUGUUGGAAAGUUCCUUUGUGUGAAGAUGGUAGUUUUUGUUUCUUUCUGGCAGGCUGUGCUCAUUGCAUUGUUGGUGAAAGUUGGUGUUAUUUCUGAGAAACACACCUGGGAAUGGCAGAGUGUGGAAGCUGUGGCUACAGGCCUACAGGAUUUCAUCAUUUGUGUGGAGAUGUUUCUGGCUGCUAUUGCCCAUCACUACAGUUUUUCCUACAAACCUUAUGUUCAAGAAGCUGAAGAAGGGUCAUGCUUCGACUCCUUUCUUGCCAUGUGGGAUAUUUCUGAUCUAAGGGCAGAUAUAUCAGAACAGGUUCGAAAUGUUGGAAGGACGGUUUUGGGCCAGCCGAGGAAAAUGUUUUUUCCUGAGGAUCAUGAACAAAAUGAGCACACAAGUUUACUGUCUUCAUCUACUCAAGACCCAAUUUCUGAUGCUUCUUCAAUGCCAUCUUCGCCCAUGGGUCACUACCAGGGGUUUGGACACACUGUGACACCUCUCACAACACCGACGGCAGCCCCUGCAGUCGAUGGUAUUUAUAACCCUUCUGCCAUUCACGAUGCUGAGGAAUCACCCGAACUAGAGCACGAUUCAUCAGAGAGAGCUUUGGAUAAAAGUUAAGCUCAGCUGUUCUUUGCAAACUUGCCACACGUGUCCUAUUAACAUGUACUAUUAGCCAUGAAGGUUGAAAGGCUUGGAAAAGCCGCUGCGCGGACGGGAGGAGGAUAUGGCUGGAACUGACAUCUGAAUUCGGAACCUGUAAUGGAUGUGAGGAUCUGUGAGCACCCCAUGGAUAUAAAACACGCACACUGUAAAGGUUUCUGCAUAAAUGUAAGAGUCAGCUCCUUAAACUGCUAAACACUUCCACAUCAUAUCAGAAUUACAGUGACUUCCAUUAAUUCAAAAGAAACAUUUGAAAAAAUACUCUGCUCUUCUCAAGAUGAUAUGCAAGUACUACUAGCAAUGGGAGAACUACAUUUCAAGAAUGUAAUUUAAGGAGGGCAGUAACAAAAACGGUUUGUAUUAACUUUGUCCUCUUAAUGAUGGUUAACUUCCAUACCCCAGUGCUGAAUGGAGUGUGGAUGAAGUGGUAACUUCUGUACAGAUGUCAUCUUCUUCCCUUUCCUGCGUAGCCCUUUCAUGAAGAUAGUUACUACAGAGCAUCAGUAAAGAAUCUGUACAAAGAAAGCAUUCCCUACAGGCCUUGCUAUCAAAUUCCAUGCCCAGAUCAUAUGGUUGGUGUAUCUGUUGUCCUUGUAGUUCAUAGUUUGUAAGUCUUUUACAUUCUGAAGAGACAGCCAGGAUGGUAAGUUUUGGAUUAAUACCUUAACUUGACUCCUUUUUUUCCUACCCUUCUAAAAUAAGAAUACUGGUUCCUACCUUAAAAUACAUGGGGGGGAAUAAAGGAUGUCAAAAAACAGAAGUAGAAAACAAAAUUGAUUUCUUUACUUUGGGCUGCAGUAAAUUCUUUAACACUUAAGUUUUUUUUAAGCUGUUAAAGCAGGAUUUCUUGGCAAUGUGUCUGUAGUAAUUUGUAUUCUUAAAUUUGUGUCUGUGUGUGAUUGUGUUAUGCUUCUAGUAUAUAAUACAUUUGCCUGGAUUCAAAUGCAAUAGCCGUUUUUUCCCACCACCACCACAGAGAAGACCUUUGCUAAGGUAAAACUAUGUAGCUAAUCUAAUACUGGAGUUACUAGCAUUAGAUUUCAGACCAAGGAGCAGUACACUUGUAUCAAAACGUUAUUUUGCAAAAACUGACAGUGUCAGACGGUUAUCGGUUUUGUCCCAUUUAUCAGAUUUUUACUGCUACUGCAUGUUUGCAAUCUGACCAAACAAACCCCAAACCAGUAGAGCACUGACCUUUCAAAUGACAAGAUCUUAAGUUUCUUUUUUCAGCAUUGUUAGCAUUUACAGGGUAAAUGUUUAACUUCUGGCUGUCAGUAAGUUCAUCUUAAGUGCUUUUUUUGCAGUACUAGUGUGAUGUAAAUAUGGCGCCUUACUCACUAGGCUGCAUAUUUUAUAGUUAUGUACUUGCUGUAUCUGAAGUUAGUGAGAAACUGAAAAUCAUACUUUUCAAUUUGCCAACUCAUUGCCUUUGUUGUAAAUAAGCAAUUAAAGAUUUUAUUUAAACUGUUCA